AUGAUUUACGUCCAUCCCUUCUGUCGCCACAUCCUCAGCUGCAUCCUCAACCUUUUCACUGCCUUCCCGUCACUCAUACAAACACUGCUGAUCAAACGCUCCUGUGCGCAAAACCCCCUCCUCUACCGCUCACCCGACCACUUUCCUACUUGGACACUCGACCUCUCUUCAUCAACAGCCCCAUUGGGCAUACACCAUUUUGUAAAGUGCGUGGAAGAACAACCAAUGAUGUUUGUUAAACUACUGGUCUUUGCAUUUCUUAUUGUGGCAUUCGCGUCGGUUGAUGCGAUGAAGAUCAAAUCACGAGAGGAUGUGCUGAGAGCACUGCUGUCCGAACUUCAACCGGGUCUUCUGAAACGCCUUCAGAGCCCCGGGGAUACUGAUCCGGACUUUUCUACCCUUCUUGAACUGUACGGGCUUGAAAAACGACGCAUGACGCCCUACAGUGGUGGUAUUUUUGGUCGGUAA